UUUGUUUAUUGACAGAGUAUUAUUUAUUCGUAUUUUGUAUUUAUAAUUAUCUAGUUUAUAAAGACUUGUUUAAUCUUGAGUUUCAUAAUGUUUAAGUAUACAAAGACAUUAAGUUCCGAUGGUGAAUGGUCAAUUUUUGAUGACUACAACGAUAUGUCAAAGCCGUUGAACAAAUCGUUCGAUAGAUUGUCAGUAUAUUCAGAACGAAGUGAUGUGAGCGAUAAAUUAAAUGUUUCAUCAAAUAUCUCAUUGCAUGAAAUGUGCAAAAAACCAAUCAAGUACACCGAAAAUAUAUUGUGCCGUCCAUUAAAACCGGUGAUCAAAGAGCCUUGCGAUAUCAUACCGAUACACCGAAGAUUUGAGAGCAAUAGCUUCGAGUCCAAAGUUCAAAAAGGCGAAAAAUAUAAGAAAACAGCGAUUAUAAAGGACUGUCAAAAUAUAUCAAAUCGUUUGGUGGCCGGGUCUAAUGCACCCCAAGAAAAAAGCCAUGUACGACCAUGUAUUUUACCGAAGGUUAUACCUGCCAAAUUGAACAAAGACUCUAUCUCAACACCAGUAGUCAAAAAGACAAAAGUCAGAAUUGUCGAGCCUAAACUUCAAAAAGGCGUGAAUGACAAGAUAAUAGAAAAUAUAAAAAAUUGUCAAAAGAUACCAAAUCGUUUGGUGGCCGGGUCUAAUGCACCCUGUGAAAAAAGCCAUGUACGGCCAUGUAUUUUACCGAAGGUUAUACCUGCCAAAUUGAACAAAGACUCUAUCUCAACACCACUAGUCAAAAAAACUACAAUCAGAAUUGUCGAGCCUAAACUUCAAAAAGGCGUGAAUGACAAAAUUAUAGAAAAUAUAAAAAAUUGUUCAUUAAAAGCUCAUAAUGGUAACGUAAAUAAAUUCCACCCAUGCCAUUAUGCAUAUGGUGAUACAAAUCACGUGAGUUUAUCAGACGGCGAUGCGAAAAACCGAUGUAUGACUUGCAUUGGUGAUACCCACUACUGCAAUAGUUACAAAGUUGAACGACAAAGACUGAAAAAAUUGACAAGAAAAUCUAGAAUCUUGCAGAAGAAAGAAAUCAAACAUUUGUAUACGGAGAGAACCUACAAAGUAAAAAAGCUAGCGCCUUUUGUAAGAAAAUCGUCGUCUUUUAUAAACCGUCAAGUGAAAGAAAGGGAAACGGACCGAAUCAACUUUAUCUUAUGUCAAAAAUUGUUACGCGUGAAAGCAUGCGUUUCAACCUAUCACUAAUUAAAAAUAUUCUUCAACUUUUCGAUGUCUGGGCGUCUGGCUGAUCGUUCUUGGCAAGCAGUGAUGAUUAGUGAGAAUGGAUACAGGUUUUUCAAAAUUUUCAAUAAUUGCAUCAAAAUAUUUAUGUUUUUAAAAGUUUAACUAAAGUAAUGAUUAAUUUUAAUAUUAAAAUUUAAUUAGAUUUUAAUUGAAUAAAAAAUGCAUAGAAAUUUUUCUGUUUUUAAAAAUUAUCAAU